GUGUUGAAAACCAUUGACCAUAAAGUGGAAGGGCCCAGAGAACAUAAAGUCCACUCAAAAACUCUUCCAACACCAGAUUCACGCCACUGCCCUCACUCCUCUGACAGUGAGAGAGAGACGAGAAAGAAAGGAAGAAGGAAAGAACAAAGAUUCAGAUUCAGCUAUACAGUGACUGUUUGUCUUCGCUGUUUUCCUCCAAUAUUGCCGAUGUCUUUGUAUAUUGGCCAUCUAUCAUCUCGCACUCGUAGGGAUGAACUUGAGCGUGUUUUCAGAAGGUUUGGAAGAUGCAACGUACGGCUGAAAGAUGGCUAUGGAUUUAUUGUGUAUGACUACCCUCCAAAUGCAGAGAAAGCUCUGAGAGCACUUCAAGGAAGGAAUAUCUGUGGGGAGCCAUUAACUCUCACAUGGUCAAAUAAACAGCCUAGACCUCUCAAAAAAUUUGCUAGGGCUGAUCAAUCCUAUGAUCAGGAGCCACUUAGAGUUAGGAGUUCUGCUAGAGGUAGAGAUUAUGGCAAUAGAAAGUUGGAUAUAAACGUUCAGCAUGAUUACAAGAUGAGUAUUGAACAACCAGAGAGUCAUGGUGUGAGGCUUAAUUCUGCUGACUUGCUUAAUGCAGAGAUAGGAGACCAAUUUAAAGAAUACACUAGGGAAGACAAUAAUGACUAUAGGGAAGAUUUGCUGAAUGAAGGUGGUCAAGUUGAAUCGAACCUGGUCGAUGGUGAUAGGUGGGAUGGGAAACGCCAUGAACUGUCUGAUGGUAAUAAUGUUGAACAUGAAAUGGAAUUUGACCGCUACAUAGGUUAUGACAAGAAAGAUGAUGAAAACAAUCGAAUUGUGUAUUCCAGUGGUUCUCCUGCUGCACAAAGCCCUCAAAAGAAAAUAGUAAGAGAGCUGAUAAGUGAAGGAACUUUGAACCAUCUUAAUGAUUCAAAAGCACAGCAAGCUUGUUACAGCUGCGGUGCCUUGGGUCACAGAAAGCAUAAUUGUCCCCGUGAAAAUACUUCAGGAAGAUAUUUCUCCAGGUUUGACCGCAGACAUCAUGAUGAAAUUGGAUCCAGUUCUCGGGCAAAGCUGCAGCAAGAUAAGGAUCCCCUAACAACAAAGCGAUCCAAGGAUAGAAAAGAAUCUGGUUCAGGAAAGUCUGGGCGAUUGAUAGAGAAUGGAAGCUCCCUUUUUGCAAAGGAAACUGACAGAGCUUGGGAAAAGGACUAUAGAGGAAAGAAGAGAAGUAGGAGGAGAGGUGGAACUCCUAAAAGACAUAGUGAAAAGAAAGCAAGGCCAAUUUCUUCUCCACUUCAUCCUGAUUACAAUGCAGCCAGAUCACGCUCAAAAUCUAAAUCCUUAGAGCAUGUGCUAAGGUCAGUUUCACAGUCUAGAUCAAGAUCCGUACCAUCUAGAGCAUGCUCAUCAUCUACUAAUUUAAGGUCCAGUCCAGUAUCAUAUUAUUCUAGAUCCAGAAGUUCUAAGUCUAACUUAAGGUCAAGCUGUCCUACAUCCUUGUCUUUGUCUGUAUCCCUUGGCAGGCCUUCAUCAUCAUUACUGAACAAGGGGCAGUUGAAUCUGAAAGGUACUUUGGAUAAUUCUACCACUCCUGAAUCCAAGGAGAUUAUGGUUUUCGGAGAACCAGGAAAAGGUGAUGUUGAAUUGGAGAAUGAAAAACUUGAAAAUAGGGUGGGUCCAGUGAACAUUGAAAAUGCCAGGUUAUCUGCCAAAGUAGAAAAUGAAGUGGAAAAGGAUCAAGGUAUGCAGAUAGGUAAUAGUGAUGAUCAUAUGAAACCCAGGUCAGUACCUCAAGUUAAAAUUCCAAGCAUAUCAAUUUCAGAGAAAGGUGCACUUGCUGCUGGGAUUUUGUCUUCAGAGAGCUUGGGGGAGAUCAAGGGCAGUGAAGAUUUUGAUACACUGACAACAGAGGAUGUGAUGGUACCUCCUAAAAAAACAGAUUCAGAGCUCACCUCCAGCCGUUCAACCAGCAUAUUGCCGGAUGAGUUGUCUAUGGUUAUGAAGCAUUAUGGCCUAGAACCUCCAGAUGAAAAUGAAAUGCAUUUAUCUGCAGAAGCUUACUUUGGUUGUGCUUGCUUGUGGCCUUGGGAGAUUGUAUAUUACAGGAGGUUGAAGAAAGGUCCUAUUUCAACUGAGAACUAUGCCAGGCGAGUUGCACAAAAUAAAGAAUUUGGUAUUGUUGACAAGUAUAUUAGAAGCAGUAGCGGAUGGGGACAACAGAAUCACCCUUAAAAAGCUUUGUAAAUGUUGUGACAGCUAAUCUUAUGUCCUCAGAGAGCCUCAACAUUUUGGCCCUAUCUUAUAGUAUGAGUUUGGGAUUUUGCAAGAUAAAGAUUUGAGCAGGUAAUCUUCCAGAAAGUAAGCCAUAUGGUUACCCUAACUGUACUGCUAGAAUCGAUAUAAUACCCUCUGCUUCCUUUCGGCAAAAAUAGUUUGAUAGUAGUAAUAUGAUAGGUGUUAAGUAGUAUUAUGCAUACUGCAAUGUCUGAAAGUUUUUGGCCCAUCUGUUAAACUCUGUACUAAGUAUCAAGGCUUCUCUUGUCGUGGCAAAUCUGUAAAGCUUCAUAGCUCUUAAUGUCAAUGUUAUAAUGAAUUUUAUAUCUCAAGCUCAAUGUUGAAUA